GGCCUUUUCCCCAUCAUCUGUUUCCGGUCGUCACCGUUCGUUUUUUCCCGUUCCGUGGGUGUGAACGCACGAAAGCGUGAAGUGAAACACAGGUAUAGAAAGUUUGGUAUCGCUGCUAGUUGCAACUACACCAGUCGAUCGCCUGCAACGUUACAUUCUUCUCAGAAGAGCGGCUUCUCUGGUUCUACACCUGCUCAUUCUGGUGACUCAGUCACACUCAAGUAACUACACCACUUAUAGGACUCCCCAGGGCCAUACCAACCAAAUGGAACCGAACCUUCCUACCGUAUUUCCUGUUACAAUGUUCGAUGCCAAAGCCGACGCCGAUGCACUUCAUAAAGCAAUUGCUGGUUUAGGCACUGACGAAGAAUCUCUCACGACCAUUCUUUGCCAUCGAAGCAGUGAUCAACGCGCAGCAAUCAAUCUAGCUUACAAGACAAGCUAUCGCAUGGACUUAGAAUCGCAACUAAACUCCGAGUUAAGUGGUUCAUUUAGAGAUGUAAUGGUUGCCCUUUGCCUUCCGAAGGCGGAAUUCAUGGCGCGGGAAAUGUACGAAGCAAUGAGUGGAAUAGGAACUAGCGAAGGGAGGCUGAUUGAAAUACUUGGCAACGGAACUAACCAGGAGACGCGCGAAAUGAGCGCCGCGUAUCAACGAUUAUACGGUCAUCCCGUGCAAGAUGACAUAAAAGGUGAUACUUCUGGUGACUUUGAAUCGCUGCUUCUUUCACUGGUUCAGUGUCAAAGGGACGAGACGCAGAAGGCCGAUGUGGCACAAGCUAAAGUAGACGCCCAGCGUUUGUUUGAAGCCGGAGCGGCCAAACUGGGGACCGAUGAAAAAGUUUUUUAUUCUAUUCUAACAACUCGUAGCUGGGCUCAAUUACGUCAAAUUAUUGCCGAGUAUGAGAGUAUGCAUGACCACUCUUUGGAAAGUGCCGUGACAAGCGAGUUUUCCGCCAACGCUCAACGGGGUAUUUUAGAACUAUUGCAGUGUGUCCAAAAUCGACCGGCAUACCUCGCUGAGCGUUUGCACAAGGCUCUAAAAGGAUUAGGCACCAACGAUCGCAACCUUAUUCGUCUCAUCGUCAGCCGCUGCGAUGUUGAUCUGGGCAAUAUUAAAAGGGAGUACGAAAAAAAAUUCGGCACAAGUCUUCAAGCUGAUGUUUCGGAUGAUACGUCUGGUGACUAUAAAAAAGCUCUUUUAACUCUUAUUGGCUGAGAGCUAGAAAAAUAUUUGUGCACAGAAAACUGCUCUUCUAUAAACUAUAAUUAUAUUCAAAAUAAAUUAUAUUGGAAGGUAACAUAAAAAAGUGAUGGGCUCGAG